GCUACGGUUAAGGAGAUUGUUGGUUGGUUAAAGGCUGAACCAAAUAUGCCUAUCUGGCGUAGGUUUAGACUUGCUCUUAUUGUUAUUGUUGAAGGAAUACUCUUGUGCAAGACCCAACCUGUUAAACCUUCGGUUGAAGUUGUAGAGAUGGUGAAGAAUGUUGACUUCUUCUUAAAUUAUCCCUGGGGCCGCCACUCGUUCCAAAGGAUUCUGCGUAUGGUCAAAGUUGGGGAAAAAAUAGAGACGAAGGCCGACCUUAUAAACAAGCUAAAGCAAUCAACCAUGGCUGUUCAUGGUUUCCCUCUUGCUAUCCAGCUCUUUGCCUUUCGAUCCAUCCCGUUGCUCCUUCAAUACCUCCCUCAUUCUGAAGAUGACUCAACUUUCCUUCACAAAACCUUAACGCGCCUUCCCAAAUGCAAGUCAUUCCAUACCUCCAACAUAUUGGCUGUUGAAAAUGAUCCAUCUAUGGUGGUUUUGUACCCACACCCGGAUGGCCCUCCAUUUGGUUCUUCAGAAUCAGAAGAUGAUAAAGUCGGAAACCUUGAAAGGCUUAUUUUUGCUGGCGGAAAGAAAGAACUGCAACUAGUACCACCUCUGAUUCUGACUCUUCCGAAAUGCCACGACAGAGGAAAUCUUCAAAGCCCAAGUUUAUCAAUACUGCAGAGGAUGUUAACACUCUUCUGGAUAAAAAAACUUAAAGGUUUUAAAGCAUCUUUGCUCGCUGACCUUCGUGGAAUGAUGCGAGCAAAUGAAUCUCCACCUGCUGUUCAGUCACCGAAAGGCAAAAGCCCCUCUCAUGUUUCUGAAGCCCGGUCUUUGGAACCAUCACGUGUGACCCGUUCCGGCCGUGCUGGUCAGUAUGUCCGUGUUCCAACAGCCCCUGGUCACAGCCUUAGUCAACGUGAUGGCACAAGAUCAGAUACAAUCGAACCUGAAGGUUCCACAUCGGCCACCUGUAACGCAAAAAAAAAUUCACAUCCUCCAUCUUCCCGUCCUACAUCUGCAACCGCCGUACCUCAUUUUUCUUCACAGCCUCCUUCUCCGUGCUCCACUGCUCGGGAGCAACCACUAGAGCCACCUGCUGUCUCCCCGGUAAAACAACGGUUCUGUUUCGCUCAGAAAAGAACCCCUGCCAAGGCGUUCUCGUUACUUGCUGAAGCUACCCACACGUCCACUGAUAGGCACUGCUCCACGGUGGUAAAUGAGCUACCCCCUUCUGUCCCUCCCGUCAGCGAUCACCUUAAGAAGCUCUCUUCGCCCUCAGUAUCGUUGACCACUGCAGGGGACUCACCAGUGGAAGUGCCCCCUGUUGCUGCUGCUGACAUCACGCAGUUUGUUUUAGUAGAUCCCCCUGAUGAACCCUUAGAUGUUUUCUCUCCCAUGGAUGUUAAUGCAGAAGUUAUGCCCACCCGUAGUCUUCCCCGCGUUAUUCCAGUCCUCCCAUCACCAUCUAUUCUGCCUUCUCAACGGCCCGAAACCCGUCGUUCCAAAAGGCUUCGAUCUUCAGCAGCACCAGAAGUCAAUCCCCCUGCACCUGCUCCUAAGCUCCGUCUGCGUCAUACUUCCGAAGAUGUUAAGCUGAAAGCCGCCUGUUCUAAACUUCUUAAUACCCUUCAUAAGCCCUCCCCCACCAAAGUUUCAACCCUCAUGUCUCAGCUUAGGCGUUCAACGAAAAGCGAUUACAGCAUCUGUGGGACUGUGUUCCCUGCAACAUUGUUCUUCGACCUUCUCAAACCCCAGCAAUGGGUUUCCUCUAUGCACAUGGAUUUGCUGAUCGCCUUUGUUUGGGACACUUACAAUCCCUUCUUUAUUACGCGCUGGAUCACCAUUCUUGACUCCAUGUUCACCUCCAUCAUCAGCAACAAGUACAUGAGCUUCAAGCAGGACAACAAUAACAAAGCAUUUGUUUGGCACCCUUUGCUUAUUUCCUAUGUCAAAGGUCAAGUUUCGCCAAGGCGACCAGAGAUUCAGUGGAUGCGAGAUGUUGAUACAGUUUACCUGCCGAUGAAUUGGGGUACGCGUCAUUGGGUUGGCUUGGCGAUCGAUCUUAAGAAAGGCCAUAUAGAUAUCCUCGACCCUUUUGAAGACUUAACUUCUGCCCGUAAGGUUGUUUCUUUCAUGUCUCCUUUUGCGCAGAUGCUGCCCCAGCUCAUUCUCUCAGUUUGCGGUUCCAUUCCUGCAUUGUGGCCUGACACUGCUUUCACGUUUACAAGAGUUCCUGGGCUUGCGCAGAAUAAACGUGGCGGCGACUGCGGUCCUUUAUCAGUCAAGUUUAUGGAGUUCACCAUGUUUGGUCUGCAGAGUAGCCUUCUCAAUAUUACGCCUGCCCAGAUUGACAAUGCACGCCUCCGCUAUGCCCUUGACAUCUACGAAACAUAUGUCAAUAAACUAUAGUGCACCUGGUUUUAGGAAGACGCCAUUCUCGCCUUGACGCUGUAUUACCCUUUG